AUGGUGGACCCCAGGAACCUGUGUGAGUCUGUUAAGGGGACAGUGCUGUGGGGGACUGCGCUACCCUGGAACCCGCAGCUUCAGCUCCAUAUAGUCGUCCUCCCUCAGCAUUUUGCAAGUGAAUUGGAUCUGUGCAACCAACAGAGGAAUUUGAGAGUGGAACAGGAGGAAUCGGAACCUCCACAGAUCAAAGAGGAAGAUGGACGACCAGAACCUCCACACAUUAAAGAGGAACAUGGAGAACCAGAACAUCGACACAUUAAAGAGGAACAUGGAGAACUAGAACUUCGAUACAUUAAAGAGGAGCCGGAGAAAGCAGAUCCUUCACAGAUUAAAGAAGAACAACUAAAAGAACCAGAACCUCUACUGACAAAAGAGGAGCAAGAAAAGUUCUGCAUCAGUCAGGAUGAAGAUCAGCUUUAUCUGAAGCAGGAGACUGAUACCUUGAUGGAGAUUCCUACUUAUGAGGAAGACCAGUCAGUGUGA